AUGGCCUCUCUUGGCCUCCAACUUGUGGGCUACAUCCUAGGCCUUCUGGGGCUUUUGGGCACGCUGGUUGCCAUGCUGCUCCCCAGCUGGAAAACAAGUUCUUACGUUGGUGCCAGCAUUGUGACAGCAGUUGGCUUCUCCAAGGGCCUCUGGAUGGAAUGUGCCACACACAGCACAGGCAUCACCCAGUGUGACAUCUAUAGCACCCUUCUGGGCCUGCCCGCUGACAUCCAGGCUGCCCAGGCCAUGAUGGUGACAUCCAGUGCAAUCUCCUCCCUGGCCUGCGUUAUCUCUGUGGUGGGCAUGAGAUGCACAGUCUUCUGCCAGGAAUCUCGAGCCAAAGACAGAGUGGCGGUAGCAGGUGGAGUCUUUUUCAUCCUUGGAGGCCUCCUGGGAUUCAUUCCUGUUGCCUGGAAUCUUCACGGGAUCCUACGGGACUUCUACUCACCACUGGUGCCUGACAGCAUGAAAUUUGAGAUUGGAGAGGCUCUUUACUUGGGCAUUAUUUCUUCCCUGUUCUCCCUGAUAGCUGGAAUCAUCCUCUGCUUUUCCUGCUCAUCCCAGAGAAAUCGCUCCAACUACUACGAUGCCUACCAAGCCCAACCUCUUGCCACAAGGAGCUCUCCAAGGCCUGGUCAACCUCCCAAAGUCAAGAGUGAGUUCAAUUCCUACAGCCUGACAGGGUAUGUGUGA